AUGUUCACAGGCGAAUUCAAGGAGGGACAAGAGCAGAUAGCCGUCUUGGAAGAGAUUGAAGGUAUCGUUUCGGCGCAAAGUCUCGAAGCCCUCUUGCAAUGGAUAUACAUCCGCCGGGUAAAAUACAAUGUGGAAGAGCCGGAAGACCAAAUUUCAGCUGCAAUAGAACUUGCAAGAUUCGCCGAUAUGUGCACCGUCACCAGUUUAGAAUCUGAAAUAGCCCGACAGAUCAAGGAAAUCCUUAAAGACCACUCGGUGCCCGAGCGUGCCAGGGAAUAUAACAAUAGAAACACCUAUUUUCUCACAAGUGAGCAUGUCAGAUCGGCAAUCUUCUUGCCUAAAGGGCAUGCGGUGCGUCAGGUUCUAGCUGCAGCCUCGGUUGUGGGAUAUCUUCGAGACGAAAACCACAAAUUUAAGGAGGAGGUCCAGGUAUAUCCCCUAUUUGGAGCUGAUGUCCUUGAACAAGUGAGAAAAGCACUGAAUACGCUCAACGUUACUCACCGCGAGGCUACCUUUAAAGACCCUAUAAGCGGAAAAACGUCAACGAUCAAUAAUACUUAUUAUUGA